GACGGCUCCUCCGCCUCGCUGCCGGGCGCCGACUGCCGCGGCUCCACGGGCUCGCUGCCGGGCGCCGUCCCCACGGGCGCCCCCGGAGCUCCGCCGGGCGCCGUCCCCAUGGCCCGCUACGAGGAGGUGAGCGUGUCCGGCUUCGAGGAGUUCAACCGGGCUGUGGAACAGCACCAAGACAAGACCAUCUUCGCCUACUUCAGCGGUUCCAAGGACGCUGAGGGGAAGAGCUGGUGUCCCGACUGCGUGCAAGCUGAACCAGUUGUUCGAGAGGGGCUGAAACACGUCAGCGAAGCGUGUGUGUUCAUCUACUGCCAAGUGGGAGAAAGAACCUAUUGGAAAGAUCCAAAUAAUGACUUCAGACAAAAACUGAAACUGACUGCAGUGCCCACACUACUUAAAUAUGGAACCCCCCAAAAACUGGUAGAAUCUGAGUGUCUUCAGGCCACCCUUGUGGAGAUGUUAUUUUCUGAAGAUUAAGAUUUGAUGAUGGUGAUGGUGUCAAUUUCCUGGUUCUCUCUAAAAGAA